AUGCAGCGCAUGCAAAGGAUCACGGGGCGUUUCCUUACGAGGACGCCCAAUGAGGCUGAUGUCGAAGCUAUGUUGAAGGACUUCAACGACUCGAAGACGAUGUUGGAAAAGCUCGAAGCGUCAGCAAAGCAAUGGCGGGACGCGUGGACCAACAUCCUCAACCACCAACUCACCUCGGUCGAGCUCCUGUAUGCCAUCUUCAAACCACUCGGCGGCGAAGGGUCCAACAGCACCCAUGCACAUGCCGAAACUCCGCCCGCUGUCUUGGAGCGUGUCCAUGGGCUGCAUGAGGCCUUUUCGGAACUCAAGACGGAUAUGAUGGAGGAAGUCAAGGACAUUGACCGAAAACUAGUCGUACCGGCCAAGCUCGCUCGAGAUGCAUUGAAGCCUAUGGAGAAGGCUAUCAAAAAGCGGGAAGAUGCAAAGGUCGACUACGAACGCUACAAGAGCCGCUGCGAAACCCUCCAGGGUAAGAAGACGCGCUCCGAGCGCGAAAACAGCGCUCUGGCCAAACACGAAGUCGAUCUCGAGCGCUCUACCCACGCAUACCAGCUUGCCGAUGAGAACCUCCGAGACCGUCUACCACGUCUGAAUGCCGCGACCUUCUCUAUUCUACCGCACCUCCUGGCGAACCAGAUUGUGCUGCAGAACAACCUGAUUGGAAACCUGUACACGGUGCUACACCAGUACUCACACGAGCAGGGAUACCCUGAUCCACCACCCGAGCCGGAAGAAGUCAUACCGUUAUGGGAUUCCAACUUCACACCACUGCGACAGGAGAUGGAGACCAGCUUGGGCUUGCUCAAGACUGGCAAGGCGGUUCACUUGCCGAUGCGACUACCGGACAAGGGAGAGACACUGACGGGCCUAGGCAUUAGGAACAAGGUAAUGCCCAGUCGGAGAGCCAGUAGCAAUGACAGUGUGCCCACCAUUACAGGGGGCGGAAGACCUGCGCGACCAUCUCAAACUCUGUCGUCAACCUCCGAGAGCGGUCCACCCAUUAGUCUCUCGAGCAAACCCUCGUACAGCUCUCUCAGCGCCUCGAAACCAAAGAUAGGUAGCUCACCCCAUCUUAGCGCCGGCCAGGACAUGUAUGGCCGCCGUGCUUCUUCUACAUCCCAGGCCUCCUCCUACUCCAAUGGAACCAACGGCGAUUCUUACUUCAACAAGAUCCCAUCUACUGCCUCGAACGGAUCAACUCCAGGUGGUUAUCCUUCAUCGCCCAACCCAGCAGCAGGGAAAAAGAAGCCGCCUCCACCGCCCCCCAAGAAGAUAGGAUCCUUCCAGUCCGAGUACGUGACGGCCAUGUAUGAUUUCGACAGUCUCACACCUGGCGACUUGAACUUUAGAGAGGGCGACCGGAUUCGCGUGGUGAAGAAGACUGAAAGCUCGCAAGAUUGGUGGGAGGGCGAGAUUCAUGGAAAGAAGGGUAGCUUUCCUGCCAACUACUGCAAAUGA